AGUAAUUGACAACUUUCUGGUCGUGUUCCAUUUAUUCAAGUCUUCUCUCUAAGUAAUUGACAACUGUUGACAACAACUCAGUGAAGUUUGAUGAUGUCGCGCGGAAUCUAAUGUCUUGCAUUUUUCAUGAAUAUAUUCAUAAAUAAAUGUUCAACAACAUCUAACAGUCAAUGUGACUUUAAUAAGUGCCAAAAUGAGUAAGAUACAUAAGACCGGUACUAUCAAGAAAAAUAGUUCAGGCAAUUAUCAACGAACCUGUAAACCUGGUGAUGCAGAACAAAAGAAGCGUGUCACAAUGAGCCCGUCCAACGAAGUUAUAAUGUUCGGUCAGGAUCAUAUUGUAGAAGUCACAGUAAGAAAAAAGAAUCAGGGUCAGAAACGUACUUCACCUGUAGUGAGUUGUAACCAUGAACAGAAAGCUGAGAAGAUAAGAUCUAUGACUACUGAUAAUAACACUCCACCAAACUGGGGUAAUGUUUUUAAUCAGAAUUUGUUACAUGUAUCAAAACAACACUCUUCUAAACAAAGUGGAAAAGAAGCAGAAAAGAAUAUAAAUGCUAAAAAACAACAGAAAAGUACUGUGAAACAUGAUUGUGCAGUACAAUGUUCUGAUUAUGAUUUUAACAAACUUAUUACUGAUUUUAAUCCACUACACAUGUUACAUUUAAUCAAACAGUUAAAAGAUUUAGUUAAUAAAAAUGAUAAAAGAAUCUGUGAAAUUUUUACUGAAAUGGAACAAAUAUUGCAGAAAGUACCGGAUCUAGAAACCAAAGCAGAAUUCAAUGCAGUUCCACUAAAGGAAUCUAGUAAAAAAAUAAGAACUGUGUCAUAUGAAUCAUUCAUAUUAGAACGAGAAAAAUUAAAAAGUGAAAUUCAAGAGCGAGAUGAACGAUUAAAGGAAGUUGAUCAAAAAUAUGCAGACUUAAAAUUUCAAGUAGAAAGACUUACACAACAACUGAAAGAAGCCACUUAUAAAAAGAACGAUACAAUGUCAAGGCUAAUGCAACAAAUUGAAAACAACGAAAGAACGAUUACAGAUCUAAAAACGAAUCUAAAUAAGCAAACAGAACUUGCACGAAAAAAUGAUAUUGAUAACGAAUAUUUAACAAUGGAAAUAAAUAAACUUUCGAAGUUAUCUUCUUAUAAAGAUGCACAAAUUACUGAUUAUCGAAAUACAAUACAGUUAGUAUAUUACACAUUCUACUUUUAA